AUCUAUAUUCGUUCCACGAACUUCAAAUUAUGGUUGGUUAUCAAAAACGGGGAAGAGGUGCCGAUGAAGAAAGUCGGAGACAAGUUGAUCCCUAAGACCGAAGACGAGUUUGAUGCCGAGGACAUCAAAAAGGUCGAGAAUUAUGCAAAAGCAAUAAACAUGCUUUAUUGUGCCGUAAAUCUUGAUGACUACCGCAAGAUCUCUUGCUGCUCAACCGCCAAAGAGAUGUGGGAUAAACUUGAGGUGACGUACGAAGGAACGGACCAAGUACGUGAAGCCAAGAUUGACUUCCUCACCCAAGAAUAUGAGAUGUUCAGGAUGAAGGAGCACGAGAAGAUCGAUGAUAUGUUCGACCGUUUUUCCAAGAUAGUCAACGGUCUCCAUACAUUAAAGAAGGCAUACACCGACAGGGAUCUUGUGCGAAAGAUCCUACGAAGCUUCACAUCCGAAUGGCGAUCCAAGGCCGAUGCCAUCUAUGAAUCAAUCGGCACAUCAAAUGUCACUAUCGACGGUCUAAGAGGUAAUCUAAAAACCUAUGAAUCUACUAUUCUUAACCCGUCUUUGAAUGACCAAAGGAAAGGGAUAGCAUUAAAAGUCGUCAAAGAACCAACGAUGGAUGAUUCAAGCGACGAUGAUGAAGUCAAGCUUGUCAUGAAGAAGUUUUGUAAACUUCUAAGGAAUAAAGAAAAGGUUGAGGAUGACCCUAUGUGCUAUGGAUGUGGUGAAGCCGGGCACAUCAAGAACAAAUGCCCGAAAAGCAGAAGGAAUGCUCAGCACUUCAAAAGGCAAAGGGCAUAUAUCUCUUGGGGUGGCGACUCCGGCGACGAGUCAACUGACCAAGACGAGGAUGAAACUGCCAACCUCUGUCUCAUGGCACACGAAGACCAAACCGAACUGCUGGAGUGCUAGGAGUAUUUUUGCAAGCACCGAUAUCACCACCAUCAGUAUUCACAUUCUCAUUCUCUACAUCCAAUUGCGAGAACCCCAGACUGAACGAUGGCAUAUCCUCCAUGAUCUUCUUGUAUUUUGAACGUGCCAGCACUGCCUGCUCAUUCGCCAUCAACUGUUCUAUGUUUGCAGGGUCGCUCCAGAAACCUUC